UUACCUGCUCUUAGCCAUAAUACAUUUGCCAAACACACAUCAGCUGAGGCACACGCUAGCUUAAGUUAACUUAAAAACUAAAAACUGUAGGCAGAUAGAGAAAAUGGAAAUGAGUUCCGUCAGCCAGGAAACUGAAGCGGCCGCUUCGAGUGGUGAAUCAUCAUCAAUAUCGCCUGGUGAUUAUAUGAAGCAAUUCAAGAACAUCAUUGCGCCGGGCAACGAGACAUCCAUGACCAGAGAAUUCAAGCCUCAGGUGGCCUACGAAUUUGAACGAUACUCGAAUCCCCAGCAGCUGAAACAGUUUGUCCUGCGUAGCGAGAAGCUGCGCUCACUCCUCGAACAUUAUUCGCAGGAAACAAAACAGCCGCUGCGUCAGCUGGAGCAGCAGGCACGUGCCAUUAUCGAUGAGAUUGGACUGGAUCGGAAUAUGGCCAUCAUUCGUUGGUGUGGCAUUGCCAUCACAGCGAUUGGCAAACGCAUCUGCGAUGGCAUCUAUGUGAACUCAGAGAGCAUGGCCAAUGUGCGCAAGGAUAUGGGCAAGUGUCCAGUGCUUUAUUUGCCCAGCCAUCGCAGCUAUAUGGAUUUCAUACUGAUGAGCUACAUUUGCUACUACUAUGACAUUGAGAUACCUGGAAUUGCGGCCGGCAUGGACUUUCACUCGAUGUUUGGCAUGGGAACCAUGCUUCGCAAAACGGGCGCCUUCUUCAUGCGACGCUCCUUCUCGAACGACGAGCUUUACUGGGACAUCUUCAGGGAGUACAUGUAUGCCCUCGUUGCCAACUAUCACAUCGGCGUGGAGUUCUUCAUCGAGGGUACACGCUCGCGCAACUUCAAAGCGUUAGUACCCAAGGUGGGUCUCUUGUCCAUGGCAUUGUUGCCCUAUUUCACUGGCGAGGUGCCUGACGUGAUGAUUGUGCCGGUUAGCGUUGCCUAUGAACGUGUGCUCGAAGAGCAAUUGUUUGUCUACGAGCUGCUGGGUGUGCCCAAACCCAAGGAGUCCACCAAGGGAUUCUUCAAGGCAUUGAAAAUCAUUGACGAACGCUUUGGCAAAAUGUUUCUGGACUUUGGUACUCCGAUUUCGGCGCGUGAGUUCUUUGGCCAUGAAAGCGGUGAUCGCAUUCAGCGUGCUGGUCUCGGUGGCUCGCUGCAGAAGCUGAAUCGUCAGGAGAUUGAGCUGGUCAAGCAGCUGGCCAAUGAGAUUAUCUAUCAACAGCAGCGUCGCAUCGUCAUCAGCACCUUUAAUAUGCUGAGUUUGUUCUAUGCCAGCAAACUCUAUGGUCAACUCAGCGUGAAUCUCGACGAACUGGCACGUGGUAUACUGCAUCUGAAGCGCAUCUUUGAGCAGCUGGGCGCCCAUGUCAGCACACGCAGCAGCAAUAUCAAGUCUGACAUCAUUGAUGCCGUGGAGAUUCAUGGCAAUAUUUUGCAAUUCCGUGUGGGACGCUUGCAGUUUACCCCACUGGCAGCUGAUCAGUUGGCGGCCAAGAUCGAUGUGAAACGGCUGAAGGCACACGCUCUGAGUCCUGAGACUAUGGCUGUGGCUGUGCCGAUGUUGGCGCUGCAGCUCUAUGUGAAUCCCUGCAUGUUUUGGAUGGCACGUCCCGCUUAUCUGUUGCUUGCUGCGUUGAAGGAGCAGCGACGUCAACACAUGGAGGAUGUGGUUGCUACAUAUGAGAGCACGUUGUCGGCCCUGCAUAAUCAUGUGAACAGCAUGGAUGCACUGUUCCAACAUGAGUUUAUUGUUGAAUCGAAUCGCGAGGCAGUGGAAUUUGAAACGCAUUUGCAGUUGCUGCUAGAUGAACGCGCUCUGGAGCUGGACAAGCAAACGGGCAGGAUUAGUGUGCAGGAUAACGAAUGUUCUCGCGUUAUACUUGCCGCGUUGGCGCCAUUCCUCUGCCUUUAUUAUCAGUUGGCAGUGACGAUCCGACAGUUGUCCGAAGAUGGGGAGUUUAGUUCGAAGGAGUUGCUGGUGCGCGUGCAACAGUAUGUGGAGAAAUUGUUGCAACAACCGGGCGGAGCGGCAGCUCAUGUGCAUCCAUAUUGUCUGGCCCUAGACAACCUGAAUAUUGCCAUUUAUGCGCUGGUGCAGAGCGGAUAUCUGCACAAAUCGCGCGAGACGGGUCUGAUGCGAGUCGCCUCAGCGACUUCGGACAAGUGCCUGAGGCAGCUGGAACUGCAACUGCUCGAGUAUUGCCAGCUGAUGCCAUUUGCCCAAUACUCGACGGCGGCCAACGAACAGGCCCAAUCACAUAUAGCCAAAUUAUAACUGACAAAUGGCAAGCGAUCGUCGGUCGUCGGUGGACGUCUGCCGAUUGCGAUUCCAUUGUUAGCACAGUACAAUUCAUAUGGCAUAUUAUCACAAUUCAUUCAAUUCAUUGUCAGCUUGCUCAAGAAUUGUCGCAUCAUUUGCA